AUGAUGGCAAAGCUCGGGAUUUUGGUAGCUGUGGCUGUGUUUCUGGAGACGGUCUCCGCCGCCUCUCUCGGUGUGGUGUACACAGAGGGAGGUAUGGUGCAGGGUAAGAAUAUUCGUCUUGGGUUCCGCCGUCAUAUGGACGUCUUCAGGGGGAUUCCCUUUGCUGACAUCCCUGGGAGGUUUGAGAAACCAAAGCGUCACCCUGGCUGGGAUGGUGUUCUGAAGGCCACUGAGUACAGGAAGAGAUGUCUUCAGUUGAACCUUAUCAUGAAUGACGUCAGAGGCAGUGAGGACUGUCUUUACCUCAACAUCUGGGUUCCUCACAGUGGCUCAGUGUCCACUGAUCUGCCAGUGAUGGUCUGGAUCUACGGAGGAGGCUUCCUGGUGGGGGGCUCGAUGGGUGCUAACUUCCUAGACAACUACCUGUACAGCGGACAGGAGAUUGCCGAAAGAGGAAACGUUAUUGUGGUGACGUUGGGAUACCGCGUGGGGACUCUGGGCUUCCUAAGCACAGGCGACUCUAACUUACCUGGAAACUACGGUAUGUGGGACCAGCAACACGCCAUUGCCUGGGUGCACAGGAACAUCCGCUCAUUUGGAGGAGACCCUGACAACAUCACCAUCUUUGGAGAGUCUGCAGGUGCAGCUAGUGUCAGCAUGCAGACUCUCACUCCCCACAACAAGGGUUUGUUCAAGAGAGCAAUCUCGCAGAGCGGGGUUGCCCUUUGCCCCUGGGCAAUUAACAAGAACCCCCGCAGAUUUGCUGAGGAGGUUGCUCUGAAGGUCAACUGCCCCACCGAUCAUACUAUGGCUGCCUGUUUGAAGAUGACUGAUCCUGUGCAACUAACGAUGGCUGGCACUCUCAGUCUGUCCAGCUCAGCCGACCACCCCCUCGUGUUCAAUCUGGCCCUAUCUCCUGUGAUCGACGGCGACUUCCUGCCAGAUGAGCCUUACAACUUAUUCCACAAUGCAGCUGAAAUUGACUACAUCGCUGGAGUCAAUGACAUGGACGGACACCUCUUCACUGGUUUAGAUGUUCCCUCAAUUAACUCCCCACUGGUGGACACCCCUAUUGAGGAUGUGAAGAGGCUCCUGGCUGCGUACACUAAGGAGAAGGGAAAGGCUGGUUUGGAAAACGCCUAUUCCACAUACACCUCAACCUGGGGGUCAAAUCCCAGCAAGGAGACCGUCAAGAAAACCGUUGUGGAGAUUGGAACAGACUAUAUCUUCCUGGUUCCUACUCAGACUGCCCUCUACCUUCAUGCUGCCAACGCUACAACUGGCCGCACCUACUCGUACCUCUUCUCUCAGCCCAACCGUAUGGGCGGCAUUGGCAGGCCCUACCCCAGCUGGAUGGGAGCUGACCACGCUGAUGACCUACAGUACAUGUUCGGAAAGCCUUUUACCACACCCCUGGGGUACUGGCCUCGCCACCGUGAUGUCUCCCGUUAUAUGAUCGCCUACUGGACCAACUUUGCCAAAACUGGAGACCCCAACAAAGGAGAGAAGGUGCCUGCUACCUGGCCAAAAUUCACCAGCACUGGACACCAGUUCCUGGAGAUCAAUUCCAAUAUGGACAAGAGCUAUGUUAGACAGAAGAUGAGAAUGCGUUACGUGCAUUUUUGGACUAGCGUCCUACCCAGCCUUCCUGUAAUCAUCUCAGAAUAA